AUGUCCUUUGGCAGAGACAUGGAGCUGGAGCACUUUGAUGAGCGGGAUAAGGCCCAGAGAUACAGCCGAGGGUCGCGGGUGAAUGGGCUCCCCAGCCCCACACACAGCGCCCACUGCAGCUUUUACAGAACCCGCACGCUGCAGACGCUCAGCUCUGAGAAGAAGGCCAAGAAAGUUCGUUUCUAUCGAAAUGGAGAUCGGUACUUUAAAGGGAUUGUGUAUGCCAUCUCCCCAGAUCGGUUCCGAUCUUUUGAUGCCCUGCUGGCUGAUUUAACCCGAACUCUGUCGGAUAAUGUGAAUUUGCCCCAGGGAGUGAGAACAAUCUACACCAUUGAUGGACUCAAGAAGAUUUCCAACCUGGACCAACUGGUGGAAGGAGAGAGUUAUGUGUGUGGGUCUAUAGAGCCCUUCAAGAAACUGGAGUAUACCAAGAAUGUGAACCCCAACUGGUCUGUGAAUGUCAAAACCACCUCAGCAUCCCGAGCAGUGUCAUCACUGGCUACUGCCAAAGGGAGCCCUUCAGAGGUGCGGGAGAAUAAAGAUUUCAUUCGGCCCAAACUUGUCACCAUCAUCAGAAGUGGGGUGAAGCCACGGAAAGCAGUCCGAAUUCUGCUGAACAAGAAGACUGCUCAUUCCUUUGAGCAGGUUCUCACUGAUAUCACUGAUGCCAUCAAGCUGGACUCGGGAGUGGUGAAACGCCUGUAUACCCUGGAUGGGAAGCAGGUGAUGUGCCUUCAGGACUUUUUUGGUGACGAUGACAUUUUUAUUGCAUGUGGACCAGAGAAGUUCCGUUACCAGGAUGAUUUCUUGCUAGAUGAAAGUGAAUGUCGAGUUGUGAAGUCCACUUCUUACACCAAAAUAGCUUCGUCAUCUCGCAGGAGCACCACCAAGAGCCCAGGACCUUCCAGGCGCAGCAAGUCGCCAGCAUCGACUAGCUCAGUUAAUGGGACCCCUGGUAGUCAACUCUCUACUCCGCGGUCUGGCAAGUCACCAAGUCCAUCGCCCACCAGUCCAGGAAGCCUUCGGAAACAGAGGAGCUCUCAGCAUGGAGGUUCCUCUACUUCACUUGCGUCCACCAAAGUAUGCAGCUCGAUGGAUGAGAAUGAUGGACCCGGAGAAGAAGUGUCGGAGGAAGGCUUCCAGAUUCCAGCCACAAUAACGGAACGAUAUAAAGUUGGAAGGACAAUAGGAGAUGGAAAUUUUGCUGUUGUCAAGGAAUGUGUAGAAAGGUCAACUGCUAGGGAGUAUGCACUGAAAAUUAUCAAGAAAAGCAAAUGUCGAGGCAAAGAGCACAUGAUCCAGAGCGAGGUGUCUAUCUUAAGAAGAGUGAAGCAUCCCAACAUUGUUCUUCUGAUUGAAGAGAUGGAUGUGCCAACUGAACUGUAUCUUGUUAUGGAAUUGGUAAAGGGUGGAGACCUCUUUGAUGCCAUUACUUCCACAAACAAAUACACUGAGAGAGAUGCCAGUGGGAUGCUGUACAACCUGGCCAGUGCUAUCAAAUACCUGCAUAGCCUGAACAUCGUCCACCGUGACAUCAAGCCGGAGAACCUGCUGGUGUAUGAACACCAAGAUGGCAGCAAAUCACUGAAGCUGGGUGACUUUGGACUGGCCACCAUUGUGGAUGGCCCCUUGUACACAGUCUGUGGUACCCCAACAUACGUGGCUCCAGAAAUCAUUGCAGAGACUGGAUAUGGCCUGAAGGUAGACAUCUGGGCAGCUGGUGUAAUCACAUAUAUCCUGCUGUGUGGCUUUCCUCCAUUUCGUGGAAGUGGUGAUGACCAGGAGGUGCUUUUUGACCAGAUUUUGAUGGGACAAGUAGACUUUCCUUCUCCAUACUGGGAUAAUGUUUCUGAUUCUGCAAAGGAGCUUAUCACCAUGAUGCUGUUGGUCAAUGUUGAUCAGCGAUUUUCAGCCAUGCAAGUCCUUGAGCAUCCCUGGGUAAAUGAUGACAGCCUCCCAGAAAAUGAACAUCAGCUGUCAGUAGCUGGAAAGAUAAAGAAGCAUUUCAACACAGGCCCCAAGCCGAAUAGCACAGCAGCUGGAGUUUCUGUCAUAGCAACCACCGCUCUUGAUAAGGAGAGGCAGGUUUUCCGACGAAGAUGCAACCAGGAUGUGAGGAGCCGAUACAAGGCACAGUCAGCUCCACCCGAAUUCAACUCGGAAUCUGAAGACUACUCCCCAAGCUCAUCCGAGACUGUUCGCUCCCCAAACUCGCCCUUUUAA